AUGAGCAGCCUCCUUCCUCCAUCUAUGAAGGGUAUAGUUUGGGGUUACAGUGGAUCUGGUAAAGAUGGAGUGUGUAUUGGUGAGAAAAGAACUCGUACCCAUGAGAUGUGUGAUGUUACUCAAGAGGCUGAAUUUACAGAUGAGCCAGUUGUGAAUCCUUUUAAGUACGAGGUUAAUAAGCCUAUGAAGCAAGUGGUUACUCCUACUAGUGGUUUUGCUAAGUCUACUGGGAGUAACGGAAAUGAGGUUGGGAAGAGAAAUUCUCUUGCUAAGGAUUCUAAGUUGGAGAAGAGCGAUACUGUGGGUUUGAAGCCUGGUUUUGGGUCUAAGAACACUGGGAAUGCUAGGUUUGGGCAUAAUCGUAGUAAUUUGAAUGUUGGAGUGAUGGGUAUGCAAGUUCGAGGCUCUAAUAUGCAAGAUGAUGUUCAAGGCUUGAUCUCUUUUAAUGUGGAUGCUGCUUUUCACCUACGGAUUUUCGGGAUGGAGCUGAAUGAAGGUAAAUCUCGUUUGGUUAAGUCUGGUGUUUCCAAUGAGGAUGAGCAUGAUUCAGUUGGUGAGGUUGGUUUGGUUGGUAUGUUGACUGAUUUUGAUGCCUCUGAUGUUGAGGCUGGGCAGGUUGCUUUUUGA